AUGACCUACUACGUCCCCCCAGGCCAACAGCGCACCCUCCGUGCCUGCAUGGUCUGCUCCCUCGUCCAGCUUCACAACAAAUUUAUGCGCGAAGGCUGCCCCAACUGCGACAACGUCCUCGGCCUGCGCGGCAACAACGACGCCAUCCAAGAAUGCACAUCCCAGGUCUUCGAGGGCCUGAUCACGCUCAACGAUCCGAAUACCAGCUGGGUGGCCAGGUGGCAGAGACUGGAUAGUUAUGUGCCAGGCACGUAUGCAGUUAAGGUUACGGGUUCGCUCCCCGACGACGUGAUUGCGAAUUUGGAGGAUGCUGGGGUGAAGUAUAUUCCGAGAGAUGGAAGUACCGGUGAAGAAGAGCCUUGA